AUGUGCCACCAACUUUGCCAGCUGCACUCCGUAUGCGGCCAUGUAACCAAGCGCGAAAUUCCCUGUGAGGUUACUGUUUCCACCCCCACGAAAGCACCUCCUCAACCAUGGCCCUCCACUAUCGACACGGGAAGCAAAGUAAAAGAUGCCUUCCUGACUUGGUGUCUGAAGUCCCUGAAGCCAGUCGCCCACCAGCAACGCUCAACCCGCUCAUCAUGCCGGCCCCCUCUAACCCUCCUGCACGAGGUCGUGUACGGCUUCUGUCCCAAGUGCCGUAACUACUACGAGGAGUAUGCCUCUAAAUUGAUUAUGCUUCAGCGGGUGAUGAAGACUAUUGGUAUGGAUAUGGGCGACGGUGGCUCGGCCUUGAGGCUGGAAAUAGUGAAGGAGAUGAGACGAAGAACGUUGGAGUGGGCGGAGGAAGGUGAUAGCGCGCGUGAGAAGGCUGAGAUUGAACGUAAUGUUGACAUGGAGAAGGCAGAGGAGAAGAAGCGCGAGAAGGAAAGGCUGAAACAAGAGAAGCUUCAACAGAAGAAGCUUCAACGUGAGAGGCUGGAGCAGGAGAGGCUCAAAGAAAAAAAGAUUAAGAGAGAAAAAAGGCUCGAGGCGGAGAGAUUCGAAGAGGAGAGAAAGGCCAGGAAAGAGAGAAGACUUGAAAUAAGGAAGUGGCUCGAGGAAAAGAAGAACUUUGAGGAUGACCUCAAGAAGGUGCAAAAGGAAGAGAAGAGACAGAAGAGCGGUAAGGACAAAGUCAAGGUGGAGAUUGAAGACAUCGAAGGAAAGACGCUGAUCGAGUGCGAACAUCGGAAAAGCGAGAUGGAGGUGAGAGUUCGCAUGAGUUCUCGGCCACAACCAGCCAGCCGCGGUCUCCACUUGGGCGCCAGCCAUCAUCACGAGGGAGUCUCUGGCAAUGACGACAAGUUGGACGAGAAGCCCAAGGUAUAUAGAUCACGGGGCGUUUCAGACCUCGUCAAGUUUUAUGAAUCUCAAUCCCACGAGACAAAGACGAAGAAGGAAGGUGUUCGAUCCGCACUCUCUGAGUCUCCCGCAGGGAAGACACUGCCCCAAAAUUGCCAGAAAAAAGCCCCGGAAGUCACGGAAAAAUCAACAGAAAACCGGGUGUCCCCAAAGCCCAUAUACCGACGGUCAGAAGUCCAAGAAGUCGCCAAGACCAACAUGUCCACGGCCGGUCUUCGACAGCAGCCCCAACCUGUCGAACCAAAAGCUCUCGAGCACCAGCACCAACCGAGCCUACCCAUCUCGAAGUCAAAGAGACCAACAUUUCAUCCUCCUCCUGGAACGCCCCAACUUCAUCCUUCGACAUAUGACAAGGUCAAGGCAGGCUCAUCAGUUGAUAAACACCCAGCCGUGGCCUUGAAGUGCCGGCCUCAGCUUCCAGCAAAACCGAAGGACAAUGACCACGCCGCUAACCAGGAAAAUUCCAAGAAGAAGCUGUCUCCCGCUGAACAGAAGAACGAAGAAGAAGUUGCGAAAAGUGAGAAGAACGACAGCGAAAGGCCACCUUCGAUUCGCCGCACAGGCACAUCAACUUCGAAGGGUACGAAUACCGUCCCUGUUCACCACGACCUGAGCGAGACGCCAUCUGCGUUAAAAACAGACAACAAAAGGGAGAUUUCACAGACUGAGAAAAAGGAAGGGCACCAACAGACACAAUCCUGUCGCAUGGUUCCCAUGAGGUUGAAGAAGAUUCCCGAGAUUCCUGCCCAGACAGAAGGUAGAGAGGAACCGCCAGUGACCUUGUCCAAGCAAGAGCCACUACAGCCCAAACCACUACAGCCCAAGCCACCCCAGCCCAAGCCACCCCAGCCUGAAGCAUCCAAGCCAGAUCCCGCGAAGGAGACCAAGCCUCAGCAAACCCCACAUGCCACUCGUGUAUCGAGGGAGAAAGACAAGUCGUCCACGCCUCCCAUCGAUCCUCCUACCGGAAACACGCCUUUUAACCCCUCCAUCGGCUCGAUGACGGUAGAGUACGAUCCCAUCGAACAGAUGGAUUCCAACCAUUCGAUCAGUUCAAUGGUGGUAAACUGCGAUUCGACAGGGAGCAAGGUUUCCAAUCCGUCCAUUGACUCGAUGGUGGUACAAUGUGAUCCGGACGAUGGCAGGCUUUCCAUCACCUCAGUCGGCUCGAUGGUAGUAGAAGACAAUUCAACUGACAGCACGCCUUCCGACGUUUCAAUCAGCUCAAUGGCGGUGGAAUGCGAUCCGCUCGAGAGUAUACGUUCCAUUGCCUCCAACGGCUCGAUGGUGGUAGAGUACGAGCCAACUACGAGCACUGUUUCUAACCCUUCGAUUGAUUCGAUGAAGGCUGAGCUCGACCCGAUUGAACAAUCCAGCUUGUGGGAGGAUAUUCGUCGGCAUCUGGGCAGCAAUGACGGGUCAAUUUUGGCGCAUCCGUCGUACUGUAUGUGUGCGAAAUGUAUCCGGGCGAGGUGA